UUAACAAGUUAAAGAUGAUAACGAUCAUGACAUGCAGUUUAAUUGGUCCAGAAACCAGUUUCGAGACUUUGAUAAGCUCAAGGAUAACCCAUAACGACAGUAUGGCCAGUCUUUCAACAACACACAGACCUACGUCAUCACUGUCAUAUUAUAUCAAUGACUGGCGCACGAGGGACCAGAGCUACCCUGAGAUAUACAGAAAGUCAACACUCGGGUUACUGGCUGCAAACUUUUCUGUGCCACCUGUUAUAAAGACUCGGAUAAACACAUUGGAAUAUCGGCGCAAGCUGUUAAGACAUUGGUAGCUUAAGGAGUGCUCCUAGAUUUCCCAUCAAACUUCCAUCUUUCGGACCGACGUCAAAGCGUAUUGGAGAAACUGUAGGCGGCGGCACAAGCAAAGCCUGGAGCUGCAGGACCACACAGACGAUGGGGCGGGCCACCCACGUUGCAAACGACGACCGCACACGACGAUACUUCGCCACCCAGCCAGGCUAGAGUGCAAGGGAGUCAUAGAAACCGCUUGAAGCGUCGUGCCUGACUCUCCCGUGAUCUUGAUGUGGCUGCGAUUCCUUGAUCAGUGGCUGGUGCAGAGUAUUUCUGUAAAACUCUCCCCUUCCUUGGCAGAAGGAAACAAAGGGUCAUGCCGAGAAGCAUGGCUGUGGUUUGUGGAAGCAAGCCGUUCUGAACUUGAAAUCACGAUGGUAAACAUGGCAAAGAAGUAGCAUCGACUGGAAGACACAAAGGAAAUCAUAAAACAAGAAGAGGAACGAGCUGUCAUCACAUAAACUUCAGUUGAUUAUUUAACUCAGGCUCUAAAGGAGAAGUAUUUAAAAGGUCUGGAAAUGGACGAACAGCUGCUGACAGGACGUUUCAGCGUAGAGUUGCGUCCAACAACUCGAGGGCAAAGUGCUCCUUGUAGCAGAAACACAGCUAAAGCCACGCCUGUUCAGGAGCCUGACUCUGAGGGAGAAACAUCCCCAAGGCCGAGGUCCGUCAGUCGCACCAGCUCCCGAGCUGACAAAUGCUUGCGCCGGACCAAAUCUUCCUUCGACGUCGAGCUGUUCCGCAGCCGCUUGCGACUUCACAAGACCCUCUCACGCAGCAAGUUUCAAGUCAAGCUCUUUGACUUCGGUACCACACCCAUUCGCCUGCCAUCUUUUCCGCCUGAUGUAGCAAGAGAAGAUGAUAGUUUUAACACUAAAGUAGCGAUGAAAAAGCCUACUAUUCAAACACCUACCUCUUUGAGUGAUGAACCAGACGAAUUGGGAGGCAGAGGCAGUAUAGCCCCAGAAGAGCGUGACAUUACGGCCUCUGUGAAGUCUAAUGUGGCGUCGAAGAAAGUGGCGGCAGGAAAGUAUAAGAAAGCAAAAGAAAAGCGAGGGCUGAAAGAUACAAUUUCGAGAAAGCACGACAAGGAUUUUACUGAAGAUUUUCAGGGUGAUUUGGACAUACUCUACGAGCCAAUAUUCCUCAGUACAUAUGUUAACCUUAACUUACCCACUUCCGCCGUGACUAGACAGAUAAAAAAGAUUAAUCUCGGGAAGGACAGACAGGACAGCGCUAUUGUUCGAUAUCCUCCAAGGACAACGCAAGCCAGCUACAGAAGUCAGUCCAUGAAGAAAAAAAGUGCAAGAUGUUGGACGACAAUGCAUUCGGUGAAGAGGUCUCCUACUCCUGAAUCUAGCAGUAGCAGCGAAGGGGUUGAAGAGUACAUGUGCUACGCUAGCGAAAACCGUGCUCGAAGCACUCCAUGCUAUGAGGAAACUUGCUCCAGUAGCGGGGAUCUGACCAGACAACCUAGACGACACCGUGAAAAGAAAAUUUGCUUCGUCGACGACAAUCAGUACGAUUCAGAUUUUGAGCCAGAAGUGGAAGAGCGUGCUGAUCUUAUCUUGAAAGAAAGAGCAGAGUCGAUGACACAACAAAAUACAGAUUUCGGUCACGUGACAUAUGAGCAGACAUGCAUGAAGCUGGGCAUCCCGCCUCGUCUGAAGAUCAUUCACCAACUGUUUCUGACACGCAUGCAGCUGAACCAUUGCGGAUUAAACGCCGCUGAGGCCAAAGCUCUGGGUCUUGCACUACAGCACAACUCUCGCCUGGAGGAAGUAGACUUGUCCUGUAACGGAAUGACCGGUGACAGCAUCGCCUAUAUCGCUGACAGCCUUCAGCGAAAUAUAUACGUCAUAAAACUGAACUUCAGCUGCAAUAUUGUGGACGAGAAAGGAGCACGAUCUCUGGGAGAUUUACUGUCAGCAAAUAACUGGCUUAGUCACAUCAAUCUGUCAGAUUGCAGUAUCGGAGAUUUUGAAAUAGGAUUUAUACUGAACGGACUACAAGUAAACACCUCUGUCAUCUGUAUGAAUCUCAGCAAGAACAAGAUAGAUAUUAGAGGAGGCAGACAGCUGGGCACCGCUAUUGGUAUCAACAACACAGUGAUGUGUUUAAAUCUCAGCUGGAACAUGAUCCGAGGAGGGGGUGGAGUGGCCUUGUGUAACAGUCUUUCCCGUAACAGCAGCAUUGCUGAACUGAACCUAGCUUGGAACGGACUGGCCUGGGAAGGAAGUCUGUCUCUCAGCGAGGCACUUCGAAGCAAUCGUACUUUGAAGAAGCUGGAUAUCUCUAACAACCGUGUCAACUGGGAUUGUAUCCCUUAUCUGGCUCGAGCCUUGAGUGUGAACAGGACUUUAGAGGUGCUAGAGAUCGGCCACAAUCCAGUGUCGAUGGAUGGAUGUAUGAAACUAUUGGAAGCUCUCGACAGACCUUCAUCACGUAUCACCUUUCUGAGCCUUGCGGAGAUACCUAUCGACGCUAAAACUGCGUUCAAGGCAGCAGAAAUAGCAAAGAGGCGAAAGUUUACCAUGGAGCAUGGUGGUGUCAUUACCACACGAGACAUCUUCGGCGUUCAGAGAACCAAGAGAGAGGAUCCAGUCUCAUUGCUAAUCAGGUACCUAAGCACGAUGGGCAUUCGUGUCGUUGAUCUGUUCCGAGUGUUUGAUACCGACAGUCGACUGUGCGUGUCCGAAGCAAACUUUAUUAGAGGUCUAAAGAGAGUUCGAGUGCCUCUGGACAGCGACGACAUGAUGCGAGUAGCGAGAAGAAUGCAGUCCAACAAGAAUGGCGAAAUCAGCUACCAAGAACUUGCGGCGAGUGUUCGAAGUCACAUCCGUGAAGAGCGAAGGGAGGACUUGCGUCAGCAGCGGCUGGAAAACAAAAAGCGAGAGAAACGCCGCCGCAUUCUACAGUCCGACCUCCCCCUCUACGCCCCUUCAUCCUUGACCUACUUCCCAGCACUGUACAAUAUGUACUCGACAUCCAAGAUUACCUCCAGCCGAGCCGGAGCCUCGUCGCUCUCUCCCUCGCUGUCAAGGCUCAGCACAAGAGACUCGAGUAGAAACUUGCCCAAGUCGCCUUCCCACAGGUUCUUGCCCCACAUCAGCUCACCGGCUGUCAAGCUUACAACCCCAGACAAUUCAGCCGGUGAGGAAGUGGGCGAUCGGAAAACUCUGGCCAGCGGUCUUCGAAGUUCAGGGGUCGGCGAACCAGGUAGUACGUACCUGCAGGUCGUGCGGGAGAGUUCUGCACGCGGUUUGACACGAAACGUUUCUAGAGGUUCUUUGCAGGAAGGCACCAGGUACACAGAGCCUCGGAGGAUGUAGACAUGACGUAUGGCAGUCACGUGGGAUGGCGUGCUUGACUAAUUGUAUAACUCCACAAUCAAUCUCAUCACAAGCAUGCGAUGAGGUGUUCCCAAUGCAUCACUGUGAUGAUCCAUUUAACAUUUGUAACCUUUUCCAUUUCCACUUUUAUCACGUCGCACAAAGAAGCAAGGGUUACAUCUGUUAUUAUUUGUGGAAGUCUUUUCUGCAAAUGUCCAAUAAAUCACUAGUGAAAUCGUCCACAUAAUGUUUCCCUAAAUUUUCUUAUGUAAUUCUAGGUGGUCCUUCUGAUGAAUAUUGAUCUCUCUCUCUCUCUUUCCAUAUCCGUCACCUACCCAUUGUUGAAUCCUUUAAAUGUGAACUGAAAACGCACCUCUUCUAUAAACAUUACUCCUAACAAACUUUCCCAUAAUUCUAGUCCU